AAAUUAGAUUUUAUUUAUUAGAGUAUUCUAAUAAGUGUAUACUUAUUUGAAAAUAUAAAUUGAGGAAAUUACAAUGGAUAUAAAUGAAUUGGUACAAUCUGAAGAAUUUCAGUGCCCUACAUGUAAUAAAAUAUUCACUGUUCAUACAAAAUUUAAUAAACAUUUGGAGACACAUAAUCUCACUUGUGCUAAAUGUAAUAUACGUUUCAAAACUUAUCAUCAGAAGAGGCUACAUGAUAGAUCUUGCCAUUCACCGGUACAGAAAAAGGAUAAGACAUGUAGGAUAUGCCCAGGAGCAUCAUUCAAAACAGAAGAAGAGUAUUUGUUACAUGUACGAGACAUCCACAAAGGAAAAUUGAUAGAUUGCUAUAUGUGUAAUGUCUGCGGGAAGACGUUCAAAACAAGGAGUGAACUUAGACAACACAUUAAUUCAAAGUGUGGAACAGAAAAAUUGUUUACUUGUAAAGUUUGUGGACAAAAGUUAAUGUCCGCAGGAUCUCUGUACAAUCAUAUGCGACGACACAGUGAUAUGGCAAGCUUUAUGUGUCGAUUUUGUGCAAAAUUGUUCCACACUGCCGGCCAGUUAAAAGUACACGAGAGAAUCCACACCCAACAAAAAGAUUUUGUCUGUGAUGUUUGCGGUAAAGGAUUUUGUCACCGUCAAAGCUUGAUAACCCACAGCACUGUGCACACUGGCAUAAAGCCGUAUCAAUGCGAGGGGUGCGGAAAAUCCUUCAGUUGCGUCGGGAAUUUGUUAAAACACCGAAAAUCCCACGCAGAUACUUGUGGUUUGCUGCCCCUGACCACACAUAGGGUACAAAAUCCUUCUACGAAAAUUAAAGUUAAAAUAAACACUCCCCUUACCUCGAAACUGAAGGAGGUGCAAAGAAACAAGGAGCUUCAGGAAAAACUGGCCAAGUUAGAUUCGCUGAACGCCAGUAUGAAAUCAGUUGCUACUCGUGACGAAAUAAAAGAAAAGUCUGAAAAUGAUCCCGCAACUACUGUAAAUCAAAAUGACUCUAAAUCAGAGGAUACAUAUGAAAAUCAUGAUAUAAUCAAACAAAACGCUAGUACAAAUGUAGAUUUAGAAGAAAAUAAUUGUAAGAUUGAGAAGACUGAUGAUGGCAACAAAGUAAAUUCAGAAACUCGUAAUGGAAACGAAAUCGUUAAUGAAGAAAACGAUUCUUCAUCUGAUAAUUCUACAGAGGCAAGCGAUGAGUCUAGGCUAAGCUCUAGGCCGAAAAAUAGAGGCAAAAGGAAACGAGAUACUUUAUUUGAACAAAAACUUAAUGAAUUUAUAAAGGAUAGACAACUAGAAAACAAAAAAGCCGCCAGCUGCAAAUACUGCAAGAAAGAAUAUACGAUUUUCAGGUGGCUCUAUAGGCACGAACAAGAACACGCGGAAAACGGAGAGGGCAAAAUCCUUCCGUUCAAAUGCAGCUGUUGCAAAAAAUGCUUCGAAACAAAAGAUGAUCUGAAACACCACCAGCAACUUGAUCACGCUGAUAUAUUAUCUUGCCACGACUGCGGCGACAAAAUUUUCGCCAACCCCGACUCCCUCCGCUCGCACCGUCACAUCUUCCACAAGGGCGUCCCCAGAAAGGAGUACGUCUACAUCUGCGAGAAGUGCGGCAAAAAAUUCAAACAGAAAACCGUACUCCAGAUGCACAACGAGACAAACUGCAGCAAAGGCCUCUUUUUCCAGUGCGACGUUUGCCGGAAGGAGUUCUCAAGCGACCACACCCGCAAGGCGCACAUGCGCGUGCACAGCUCGGAGAAGAACCUCACCUGUAAAUUUUGCGGCAAAGGUUUCCACUGGAAGGGGCAGCUCAAGGUCCACGAGAGGUCGCACACCGGGGAGAAGCCCUAUACUUGUCUGUUUUGUCCCAGCGCUUUCGCGUAUCGGGACAGUUUGAUCACUCACAGUACUUUGCACACGGGCAUUAAGCCGUAUUUCUGUAAAGGCUGCGGAUGGAGGUUUUCGUGCAUCGGGAAUCUCGUUAAGCAUAAGGUUACGCACGCUAACACGUGCGGAGCUUGGUACCAGAAGAACGAGAAAGAGGAUUGUGUGUAAAA